AUUCUCCCGCGACAUCAUGGCGCAAGUAGCUAGGCACCUUCCGGCCCGUCGCAAUCCUCUGAUGCUCGAGGAUGUGCCGUCCCACACAGAUCUUGCAAGCCGUCGCCGCUUGGGGCAGACUCAACUGACCCCUCGCAUGGUCACUGCUGUUCCGGGCGCUGAGGUUGAUCCGUCGUCUCUCCUGGCGUUCGACUACGCCCACCUCAGAGCCCCUUUGCCCAAGGGUAUCGUCUCGGGCAUCUUCAAGUCCUCUCCUCCCAGCUACUUCCUCAUGCGCCGCAGCCAGGAUGGUUACAUCUCGGCUACCGGCAUGUUCAAGGCCACGUUCCCAUAUGCGUCGCAAGAAGAGGAGGAAGCGGAGCGCAAAUACAUCAAGUCCAUUCCCACCACGAGCUCCGAGGAAACCGCCGGCAAUGUCUGGAUUCCCCCUGAGCAGGCUUUGAUCCUCGCCGAGGAGUAUCAGAUCACCCCCUGGAUCCGAGCCCUUCUCGAUCCCUCAGAUAUCGCCGUCACAGCCACCGACAGCAGUGCGCCCAAGCAGAUUGCUCCUCCUCCCAAGUUCUUCGGAGCUCAGCCUCCUCUUGUUGCUCCCACACCGCCUACGACUCGCAGCACGCGCAGCCGUCCUAGCAGUCGCCGUUCCUCCAGCCCCGCCAAGUCUACAACCGCCAGCAAACGCGGCACCACCCCCCGCAACACCAAGCGCACGGUUACCACGGAAGCUUCUGCCACUACAGUUACUACUACCGCCACCGCUACCGCUGUCCCUUCCGCUGAAACCCCCGCCACCAGCUUUGCUGACUCCCAGGCCCCCACGCUCAUCAAUGGCGAGAUUCCUACCUCUACCCCGAUCAACACAGUUCCAGUUACCAAGAUCCAAACUACCGAAGCAGAGCUCAAGGUGGAAUCGAUCGAGAAGGAGCCCGUCGUCGUGCUGGAACCUAUUGAGGAGGAGCCCAAGAUCAAGGUGCGAGUCGAUGAGGACGUUAAGCUGGAUAAGGAUGGCGAGGAAGUGAAGCAUACCAAGGUUGAGCUCGAGGUGCCUCUAAUGGCGGGUGAGCCUCCGUCCAAGGAGGAGGCGAGAAAGAUGAUUGAGGAAGCCAAGGCUAUGGUCGAGGCUGCCGUCAAGGCCGAUGCUGAGGCCGCAGCUGCCCUUGUUGAGGCCUCCAAGGCUGGUGCUGAGGAUGAAAAGGCUGAAGGCGAGGCCAAGGCCGAGACCGAGGCUACCAAGGAAGAGGAGGCCGAUAGCAAGGGCAAGCGCAAGGCGGAGAAGAUUAGCGUCGAUGAGGAUGAAAAGGCUGCAGAUGAGGCUGAACAACCUCGGCAAGCCAAGAGGGUGAAGACCGAGGCAGAAUUGCGCAAGGAUAGAAUCCGGAAGCGCGCCUACCUCGGCCUCACUGCCACGUUUGCCGUAGGAGCUCUUGGUGCCCUUCUUCCCAUAAUCACACCGUAUGUGGCCAACGUACUAUAAACCCAUGUUGGGACGUAGACACCAAAUUUCUUUGUUCUGUUUAAGCCGAGUCGGCACAUGACGCGAUAUUGAAGGAGACAUGGGGCGCAGGCCGAGUUCGUUCAAGGAGUCUUCUGUGUACUAGGGAUAAUGGUCGUUUUGCUCUUGUAUCUGGUUAACCUUGGGUCAACUCGAACUUUGUGGUUAGCUUCGGUGUGCAGCAUGGUUGGACACCAGGACUCGGACGGAAAUAGGAUUUUCUUGAAUUCAAGGUUGGUUUCAUUUUCGGUUUGUUUUACGUUGCACAUACCCCCCACUUCGGCGUCUGUCGCCUGUCAAUCAAUGAUUGAGAGUCCAUAGCAUGAAGGGCCAUGGCUUUGAAUGGAGGUGGACCGGUCGUUUGGAUGGAAUCUGGUUCUCAUGUAGGAACAACAUAGGUAUAUACAAUCUCUAAACGCAAGGGCAGGCGGCAUGCUACUCAAACUCGCUGGGAUGGGAAACGAAAGUGUAAACAGCGGAGGAAGACUCCCAAGUUCGUGCCGGGCUGGGAAGUUCCUUUUGUAGAUAGUAGAGCCUAUUCUAGUUGACUGUGUCAUGUAGGGAACAAAGCAGAUCUUUCGGC